UAUGUCACUCGAUACCCAACCCAGAUCCAUUUUUCUAUUGUAAUUACCACCCGCAGUAAGAUAAAAGUAGUGCGUGCGAUUAUACAGCAUCAUUAAAGAACUUGGUUUGAGGCAGACAUUUUAAACAGACAAUCAAGCAAGUUACCUCUGAUAUGCAGGCCACGUCUUAUCCCACCGAGCCCGGAGUCCCGGGCCAGACUGUUUUCGUCCACCAGCCCGCUCCAGUUAGCUAUGCCAAUACGGUGCAGAACCCUAACUCAUCGAGUGGUGUGUCGCAGAACUUUAACGGAGCUGCCGGGAGAGCGACUGGUUGGCUGCAGCUCUCCAUCGGCAUCGGGAGCAUCGUCGUCGCCAUUGCCCAGUUAGUCAUCUUUUCCCGCAUCUAUUCCGGACUAGGCUUUGUCGCCAUUGGAAUUUGGGCAAGUGUUCUGUUCUACAUUCCUACCGGUAUCCUAGGAAUAUGUUCGAUGCAGAAGAACACUUGUGUGAUCAUCGGCUAUCUUACGAUGUGUAUCAUCUCGGCAAAUGUUGCCUUCGCUCAAAUAAUUAUUGGUGCCAUUGGGGCAGUAAUCACCGGUAUUCAUCUAAGUUACUUUCACUAUGCCGGCAUUGCCGAACAAGGAAUAGCGGAAGGAGGCAUCGCAUCUGAAUCUCUGUUGGCCAUCCUUGGCCUGAUCGAAAUGGUGGUAGCCAUUGUGGCUUCAGCCUACUGCUGUGGUGGCAUGGCCUGUUGUCACUCGUCUUCACCAACUACCACCACUAUGUACACCCACCAGAACAUUCCGAUGGUUGUGACAACCGGCCAGUACACUCAGCCGGCGGGAAUCGUUCAGCUCCCUCCCGGAUACAACGUUCAGCAGGCUUAUCCCCCUGCUGGCCAGCCUGUUGCUCCAGCUCCCUACAACCAAGCUCCUGGUGCCCCGUACAACCAGGCUCCUGCUGCCCCGUACAACCAGGCUCCUACUGCCCCGUACAACCAAGCUCCUGGUGCCCCGUACAACCAGGCUAGUGCCCCACAUUACCAAGCUCUGGGUGCCCCGUACAACCAACAAGCAGCUGCUGCAUCCAUCAAACCUGGCGAAGUGGUGGCUUAAAUGCGUUCAGAAAAUUGGUCUUAAUAAUAAAACUACCCUGAUAUCUAAAUGCUUACAUUGGGAAUAACAAGCAAUAGCUAACUUUUUGAUAAAUAAAAUGCAAGCCUAUUCUGAGACGCACGGAUAUUCAGAGAAAAAGUAGAUCAUCCUCACAAUUUUUUAAUUUUCUGAAGAGAGUUGUUUUGAUUGUUAGCUGUGAUACAGUGAUCAUAAUUUUACAUCAUUUUUUAUCUAAUUUCUCCAAUUGGUAAAUAAAAGAUAGCAGAUGAUGGGGAAAAAACUAAAAUAAUGGCUGAUCUUUUUUGAUAGAUAAAGUUAAUACAAAAAAUGUUAUCCUGACAGGAUCAUUAAAUUAAAGCCACGUCAAACUAAUGCUUGAUGAUGAAAAUAAUAAAUUACUAAUUAUUCUAGCAAGGGGGUGGCUUAAAUGAUAUAUCAUUGCAAACUAUAUUAAACAAAAGUAUGUGGUAUGGAAGUAAAAUAAGUGUCCUCUAUUCAUUACGUGAAGCUGAAAUCCCCCCCCCCCCCCAUCAUUCCACCCAACGUGAGAAAUAGAGAACCCUUUUGUUACUAUUUAUUAGGCGGCUGGGCUUCAAUUGACUACUCUUGAUGACUGCACAGAAAGAUCUGCUAAAAUAACAAAAAUAUCAACAACAAACAACAUUAACAGCAUAAAACAACUGAAUGUCACAGUGCGAAAAAUAUGUAACCAGCCAACUUGUAGACGAAAAGUUAUGCAUACUGCAUUUAAAAUAAAUGGGCUGAUAUCCCCCCAAGUGCUUUAUAAAUCAUCAAAAUGUUAAUUCAGAGGACCAAACAAGAGCAUUAGAAAUUGUAAAAAAAAUAUUGAAGAAAUAUUAAUUUAACUUCGAUAUAGAUUGAAACCGUUUGUUUUUAUGUUAAUUCUGUAACGCUAUAACCUUGGAAAUAAGUAGCCUUAGGGUUUUUUACCUGAUGAUAUAUUAAUGUUGUGCCUUUCGAUCUUUUGACUGUCAUUUUGGAAGUAAUCAAUUCGUCAAUUAAUUAAGUUGACGAAGAUCGAUGAGAAUUUAAGACAAAAGAUGCUUUGAAGUCAAAAGAAUUUCAGAUAAUUGUGUGAAAUUGGUCUUUGCUGGAUUCUAAACAUAAGAGAAAUCAAUGCGUACGUGGCAUGAAAUUUCAAAUAAGUUCAUAAUCCUGCGUGUAGUGAAUUAAUGAAGUAGUUUAUUUAGAAUGAUAAUAAACGCGCCAUUAUGUAAGUCUACAACUCUAUUCUGUAGAAUAUCAAUUUCUUUUAGAAUCGUUGUCUUUCGGAAUUAUCGUUGUUCAGUGUCUGAAACGCAAAACAAAGUGCCAUUAACAUGACAAAUGUUAAAACAAGAAAACUAAUGAAAAGGGAAAAGAUUCCUUUUACAAAUAAAAAGGUGGGUAAUUUAAGUUGUGUACUGUGUUUACUGUAUUUUUCUGUUUGAAUUUAGAAUUUAAUAAGGCGAAUUAUACAAAAGUACAACAGACAGAAAUGAACAAAAAGAAGAACUCAAAAAUCACAUCGAUUAAAAUUAGUAUAUGUUAUUUUAAAACAAUCUGAACUUUAGAUUCGUUGACAUUACAUAAACGAUGCAUUGAACAAUACAACACCUUACAUCUUGCCUUCUUCCGUGCUCAUUCUUAUCAUCUUUUAAUUUUUGUUAAAUGACUCUUGCUAUAUCCGAAGUCGUAUUAUAUGCUUAGGUUCCCGGGGCACACGAAAUACCUUCAGCUGAAACUUCUACUUUCUGAAAUAUCAUUUUUGAGACUUUUUAUAUUUACUUAAAUUCUCAAAUCGUACAAGGCGCGUAUUGUAAGAGACACAUUUCAUAUUUGUUUUUCUAUGUUUUUUGUAGAUGAAAUAUUGGAGCAGCUGUAAAAUUCGAAGCUUCACUAUUUUAAAUCUUUAUUUUAUAGAACUGUUUUUAGAAUAUAAACAUUUAUGAAAAAAAGUGAUCUUUUCAUUCCUUUUAGUUUCACUGUAGUUCAAUUUUUAAUGUAUAAUAAUAAUAAUAAUAAUAAUAAUAAUAAUAAUGGCUUGGUUUCGUGGUAUAUCAGAUAUUGUAUUCAGCUUGUCAAUAUUUGAACUCGUCUUCGACUCGUGUAAUAUUCUCGAGCUUAAUGCAACAUAUCUGAUAUAACUUUUAAUGCUUGGUGUAUCAUUCACUGAGGUACAGCCUGCGGUAAACGUGUCAUCUGUACAAUAAACUUUUCGAUUUUG